AUGGACGGCGAUCUGUCUCUCGAAGAGCAAACCCGCAGGUUAUAUCUACAAUUCCUUUGGUUACCAGACGCACUUGUGCCACUAACACAGAUGGUGGUCUUCUUGUUAAGCCUCUCCAAGGGCUUCCACUCGUUCUCGAUUCAUCCGCUUCACGCCGCCCUGGACUCUGUGAUUCUGACAGAUCGAUGGUGCUCGUACAAGUACCAUGAACACCUGCCAAAUGUCUUGAAGGAUGACCCGAAAGAUGACAUCGAGCCUCAAAUGAUGUCCUUUGCUCAACAAUACUCAAGGGCAGAGGACCACGAGCCAUCACCUAUCGAAGCCCUUGAGUCCGAACAAGAGAGGGAGACAUCUCCCGAGAAAUGGCUCGAGAGUAUGGAAAAGCGAGAAGUUCAAAUUCAAAUACUACUCCACUUUAUCAAGCUUUGUCUUCCUGGGCCCUGUCCCAGUCCACCGAUGAGACCGCUACCGGAACCUCCGCGCAAGCGUCGCAAAAUACAUCACCGACCCUCCUCAUCAGAAUCUGAAGUCAGCACGCCGGUGCAAAUUAUGGAAGACCGACUGGAAAGCCUCAUGGACAGACUCGUUCUCUGGCAGAUGGCACUUCCGACAGCACCGACUGAGGAUCGCGCUGAUGGUGAGAACGCGACUUCUAACAAGGAACCGAAGGACCUGCGAGAUUGGACUCAAACCUUUUGCGACGACGUCGUGGGUCCAUCAUUCGGCUCGAAGCUUCCAGAGCUGUAUCGCCUACUUCGCAUGAAACUGUUCCGGAUCCCUCAGUGGUCCGAAGACGAAGAGGACGAUAUUGAAGAGACCGCGCAUCCUAAUACGUCUCGUCCGACCUAUUCUCUCUUUAAACCCGAUACCUCGUUCGCCGCCGGCCCCCUUCGAUCUUCUUCUUCAAGGCUGCUGUCACGUUCACGCUCUCGGUCCCUAUCCGUCUCGCUCGUGCAGGAAGCCGAAGCGCGGCGGGCGGGGAGUUCGCGCGCUCCCACGUUGCAGCGAGAGGUGAGCAUGUCGAGGGUGUUCAAAGACAAGACAAAGGUCGACAAGGAGAUGUCAAGCGAGAAAUUGGGCGGAGCAAGACUAGGGCCCGCCGACGGAAAGGGAAGGAAAGGGUUUAAGAGAGAAGAUACGGUGCUUGUGACGGCAACGCCUGUCAAAGUGCGGGGUAAGCCCAGGCAUGAGCCUACGAUACUGGUCUCUGAGACGCCUUCGAAGAAGAAAAUGGGUCGAGGGUUCUCAUCAGCUAACAUUACGAUCAAGGGCGAGGACUACUCUGACGAUGAGCUGUGA